AUGGCUUUGUCGCAUUGUAAAAAUUUUGAAAAUUUCUUAUCAAAUCAUAUGCUGAUUCGGGAUAACAGUGACAGUGCUAAGGCAAAAAAUGAUGGAAAUGCUGGAUGA